UGUUGCUGACAGAUUAUUCUUUUUUUUAAAUUUUUUUUUUUACACGUAGUCGGACUUUAUGCGUUAUUGCAAUGUUUUUAGAUGCGAUCCCAACUAAUUCACUGCCUUCUGUCAGGACUUGCUUUCAGUCAAUCCAAGGACUCCGUACUUUCCAGAAGCUCCAGAGCUGUUUCCAUUAAGAGGACAAACGCGGGCGCCGUGGAGAGUGAGGUUGAAAAAACCACCGGGGACAUGACGGAGGAAAAUCAGUCACUCCCUGCUGAAGACAGGGCGACAAAUUCCCGUGCAAGAAGUAGGACUGUGCUGGAUCCCGACCACCAAGAACAGGCAACGGCCAGAGCGGGUCAACUAACGGAAGGCAGUGGGAUGUCCGUUUACUACAAUGUCUUGAACACACUAUAUGCCGUUUACCGACCACUUCUGACAAGGAGAUUUAUGGAUGAACUUCCUAAGGCAGUUGUUUGUAUUCUGACUGGAAAAGUCGACUGUGGGCUGGAAGCGGAGAUUACAAAGAGCAUAUCCACUCAAAUAGACAAGCCUUUGCGGUCUCUCAUCACGUCUAUGAAAUCAAUGACAUGCCAGAAUCUGGCAGCCAACAGCAGGAGUUCUCAGGCUACAAACUUUUUAAAUUUCUGGCUGGAUGAAUCCACGCUGGCGCAAAUAGCAUCCAUUCAGGACUUGUUGCUGUCCACUCUGAUCCACCUGCCUCAGUCCUACUCCGAGUAUCUUGUGACUGCUUGGCGUGUCUUCAGCGAUGCAACUUUACCGCCUGUGGUGAAAUACAUUUCUGAUUUCGUGGUGACAAUUCUGAAAACACCUAUUGAUUACUUGAGAAUUGGAUUACAAUUCGGUAUCGAAAUCCCUGUUUUAAAUCAAAGUGAGCAAUGUCAACAAGGUGGUCUAAAGCAGCUGAUUAUGUGGGGCAUGACUCACAAUGUGAGUUGGUCAUUUGGGAGUGCAAUGCUGGACGUUUUCCUGGCCCCUGAGCCCCCACCAUGUAGCUACUUGAACCCAGACUGCCAAACUAUCCAGUAUGCCCGCUCCCUGGUACAAGCCGACGAUGGGUCCCCACCCCUGCUGAGCUGUGAGCACCGCCCCCUCGCUAGCCUCAACAACACACUCUGCGCUAACGUGCUCCGCUCUGGCCCUGGGGACUCGCCCAUGCUCUACUCCCUCUGCCAGGCCCUGAGCUCUCUCACCCCCUCUCAGCUGCAACUGGUGUGGACAAACGGGUGUGGAACCGUCGGCUCCAUCUUGGCGCCCCUCCUGGACAGUUCUAGCUGCGAUGGGAGCCCCCACCCGGCAUCACGGGUCUCCAGGUCCACCCUCAGCCUCAGGGAUCUCAUGUGCAUCUACUCCAACUGGACUGGGGUGGUCCAGCCUGACCCAACUUCGGUGGCCUUCUGUGCUGACAACGACCGGGACAGUUUCCUCCUGGCAGUGUGUGGCAACAUCGAGCUGAUUCACCUGCUGGCCAUCGACCCUGCAAACAGCUGGUUGUGGGGGUUCUGCGCCAACUUCUCAGGGGACCACAUGGCGACACAGCAGUGCUCCUAUGAGACCUGGUGGGUACAGAUGGUGGAUGCCUCUGUCCUGUCACUCUGCUGGGAGCAGGACAGGGAGAGGAUGGAGUACCUUCUCUGUAACGACCUUAAUUUCUUCAUGCUCAUGCUGAAUGACCCGCAGAACUCUUGGCUCUUGCCAAACUGCACCGGCCUUGAACCUCCCACAGAGGUGAACAUGAAUGCCCACAUCGGUGACCUCUGCGUCUACUCAGAGUGGCACAACCCCGCGUUCAUCGCUUCAGAAGUGCUGACGGUGUGCGUCCAGUACGACGAGCAUGGAUUCUUGCGGCAAGUUUGUGCAAAUUCGACAUUCCUUAACGCCUUGCUGCUGAACCAGAUGAACGAUUGGGUGGGAGACUACUGCACCCUCUCCCUGAGCACCCCACCCACUGACCCACCCUCUUCCUUUAGCAUACCCAAUUGGUGUAACUAUCACCAGUGGCCAGGGCAGGUAGUGGACCCUUCCGUGGUUGGGUUCUGCUGGCAGUAUGAUCAAGUUGCCUUCCACAGGAACGUGUGCUGCAACAUGCCGCUGUUCGAGAAGCUCACCCUGGACUCGCAGAACGAGUGGCUGAUGGUGGUGUGUGGCGACAGGGAGACGCUGGACAGGCUGCCCGAGGUGUGUCGCUACGGCGACUGGAGCCGCCCCACCAUCGUGGACAUGACCGACCUGGCAUUCUGCGCUGAGCUGGACCCCAAGAAUUUCACUCUUCUGGUGUGCGCCAAUGAGACAGUGCUCCAGAACCUUCUGGCAAACCUGGACAACACCUGGCUGCUGCAGUACUGCUCCAAUCACUCUGUCCCAGGGGGUAGUGGGGGCGGAGGCGGGGGCAAUGGAGCUGGAGGUGGCGGUGAUGGAGGCGGGGGUCUGAUUGGGUUUAAGCCAGCAGAUCAGUGCCAGUACAGUAGCUGGGCGGUGGCGCUCCCGGGUGCCUCCCUCCUGGCGCUCUGCUGGGACUAUGACCAGGCCAACUUUGUGUCCAGAAUCUGCUCUGACUCCACCCUCCUGGCCCUGCUAACUCGGGAGCCCUCCAGCACAUGGGUGGGCACGCUUUGCAACAUGUAUACCAACGUCACCACCCCCAAAGUGAACACGACAGGUAACGACAGCACCAGUGGUAACGGCAACGGCGGGAACAGCGCUGGCGGCGACGGCGGGAAUGGCGACGCCCACAAUAACAGCACAGACCCUCUCCCCUGCCCGGCCCGGGACCUUGUCCGGCGGCUGAACUGGACGUGCAGCACGGACCUGAGCGCGGCCUGCCGCCCGGGGGCCAGCCGUCUGGUUGGCCUGCAGCUGCUGAUGCGCUGUGGCGCGGAGGCGCUGAGGCCCCGGGUGGGCGGCCUGCUGUCUGACCAGAUGGCCUCCGUGGUGGACCAGGCGGCCAACGUGGCGGUGGUGCUGCUCGUGGCCCUGGAAGAGAGCCGCAUGACCUCGCUGCGCAUCACCGAGAACAUCCGCCUGAGCAUCCUGGACUCCGUCAUGCUGUACCUGGAGCAGGAGGCCAACUUCGCCAACAAGAGGGUGCUGCUGCAGUGCUUCGGGAAAGUGCUGACCAGCCUGACGCAGACGGGGAGAGAUGUGACCAGUGACAGCUUCUUCCUUAUCAAGGAGUACUUCCGGAUCCCCCUUGCCAAUCUGAGGGCAGUCCUGAGUGCAGUGGACAUCACCACCAUCAGACAGAUCAUGCAGUACUACAGCAGGAAUCUAGAGACUCUACAGCUUACGGAAGAAUACCGGCGCACCAUGGUGUCUGUGCUCUUUGGGACCCAUCUGUCCAGGGAUGGGACCCUUUUCCCUCUCCUGGCCCCUCUGUUGGCCCUGCUCCCACCUAACGACAUCCUGUCCCUGCCCAACCUGCAGAGCUCUGCUAUUGCAUUAAGCACCAUUGACUCCAGCAUCGUCCAGCUCUCCCCCGAGCAGCGGCAAGCCUUUGGGAAGUGGUUCGGCAGAUCCAUCGGUGCCCAGAACGUGACUGCAGCGGGCCCUUCCUUCAUCAGGGACACUGGGAACCUGAUAGCCUACCUGCCGUUUCGCAGCUUCCAGCACCUCUCACCUGCUCAGUUGCUGGAUGGACUGGAUGUCCUGCUGAGAAACAAGCUGAGCCCUACUCAGGGGCAGUUUGUGGCCCAGACCUUAGUGGGGACUUACAGGAAUCUAACAGCAGACUUCUUUACGCGUUUGGGAAACUUGACGUGUCUGGCUAAGCCCAAGGACCUGCUAGCCCACGUAGACACGAGUACAUUGGCAGCCAUCCAGGCAAAUGUUCAGAAGUGUGUCCAUCAGGGGAUGAAAGUCCCCAGUGAAAUGAUCUCCGGCUUAUUCCUUAAUGUGACAGAGCUGCAGAGCCCCUCCUCCCUCUCCUCUGAACGCAUUUCCCAGCUGGGUGACUUCUUGCCCUUUUUGGGAGCGGACUUCCUGGGGCGGCUCUCCCCAGCACAGCUCCGCCCCGCACUGCCCGCCCUGGCGACGGUGCCCUUCACCCCGAACCAGGCCCAGGCAAUCGUAGAAAAGGUGUUGCCAAACAGCAAUUUGGCGCUGCCGGGGCAGCUGCUGCAGCUGGGGACCCUGGUGAGCGGGGUGAAGGUGGAGACCCUGUGGACGCUGACCUCCGACACCCUGCUCGCCGCCCUGCCCAACAUGGCCCUGCAUUCCCCGGGCCUGAGCCCUCCGCAGGCCAACGCCAUCACCACCAAGCUAUGGGGCUCGGAGGAGGUGACUAAGUGGCUGGACGAGGUGGAGCCGCUGCUCCCCAGCACCCCCCUGCGGAGCGUGCAGCUCCGAGCCCCCCGCCUGCUGACCAACACCACCUCAGUGCGCACGCGCGCCUGGAACACGCAGCAGGCCAAAGCGCUUUUUAAAGAAGCAGUGAAGAACAAGCCAGAACUUUCAAUGGAAGAAUUUCUGGCUCUGGGGACGAUGGCUCAGGGAGCAAACUGUAAGACACUGCGAUGGAUCUUCCUCUCCCAGCCAUCUUUGUUGCUGCGAGAUGUCCUGGCCUUCCUACAAAAGCAGCCUGUCCUCCUCCACACCUCUCUGAAAAAGUGUGUCAUUGAGGAGCUGUACCAGUUUGACUUCUUCUCGCAGUUACUGGGGUAUCUGGGCUCGCAGUUCGCCCUCGAGCUCUCGGUGAGCACCAUCCAAAAGUUUCCAGUCGACAUGAUGGACACCUUCAGGAAGAUGAUUGUGCAGGAUCCGCUGCACUUCCUGCGAAUCCCCCAGAUCAAACAGGCUCUCCUCGUGGACAAGAUUGUGCAGAGGCUGAACAUGUACAUGGGCGGGUACUCUGAGGAGGAGUUCCGCUCGCUGGGCGUCAUGGCGACCUUUGUGGUGGACGAGGUGUUUGUCCACGUGGACAGGACCUUCUUCAUGGAGAACCUGGACUUCCUCAGAGGCUUCUGUUACAGCAGCAGCAAGAGGGACCUAGUGGCUCAGAUCCUUCAGGAGCCUGGCAUGUUUGGCCCAGUGGAGCGCUGGACGUCUGCAACACUGGACCAAGUGGACAGGUUCUUCUUCUUCCUGCCCAGGGAGGCCAUUCAGAAGAUCCCUGCGGGGCUGAUGACCCUGGAGCGCAUCGAGAGGCUGUUCCUCAGCCAGCAGCAGUGGGAGGCGGGGGAGUUUGGCGCCCUCUGCGUGCAGAGCACGGAACAGUCCGAGCUGUUGAAGCUCUUCACCAAACGGCAGUUUGCGCUCCAGUUCUUCCUGGGGUUCCUGCGGACGGGGACGGCUCCGCGGGCAUCUCAGCCGAUGGUCCCCAGCUGUGAGAAUCUGCAUACUACGCAGCCGUCAGCCUGGAGUGUGGACAGCCUGAUGGCCAUGUCCUCGAACUCCUUCUCCAGCUGCCUCGAGCUCAUUGGCCAGGAUCCCUUUCUGACAUCAUACGAGCUGGGCUUGCUCCUCAGCAAAGUGAAGAAGAUAUACGGGCCAGCCUCUGCUUUCUCCCCCUCUGUGAUCGCCCAGCUGGGGCGAAUGGCCAGCCAGCUGACAGAUGGGGAGCUGGCCGUACUGAGGUUGUCUCACUUGAGCAUCGCUGCUCUGGGGUCCUUCAGCAGCUGGAACAGCAGACAGCUGUCAAUACUGUUCCUGUCUGUGCUGAACUCAACCAGGCAGACCCCCAGCCAGCUGGACUCCAGCACCAUGGUAGCUCUGGGUUACAUUGUCUGCGGGAUCAAAACCACUGACAUGCGGAACCUCAACGCCGUGGAGUUCAGUAAAGCAGUGCUGUGGCUUGGGCGUCUGAGGCUAAUAUGUUCAGAGGAACAGCUUCUGGUUCUGGUGGAGCUGCUGAGUCACAGUCUGGCCUUCGGGUCAAUCAGCUCCUGGGGCACGGAAAUCUUCAUAGAGAUUGGAGCGCUGGCAGCUGGUCUCCCAGACAUGGCCAUGUCUGCUUUGGUGAAGGACCAGAUUGAGGGGAUCACCCCUCUCGCAAUCUCCCUCAUCCCUGCCGACAAGUUUGCUGUGGUGUUUCACCAGGCCCAGAUCCGCAUGUUCUCGUACGAGCAGGCGGUCGCUGUGACCGAGGCCCAACGCGUCGCCCUGACCCCCGUGCAGCAGACGGCGCUGUCCAUGGUGCUGACCCCUUGGGAGAACAAACCCGUUGACUUUCGUGGAAGGUCAUCGGGAUUUGCUCUGCGUCCUGGUCCCUUUUCCCUACUAAUGGAACUGUUGAUGCUGAUGCUGCUAUUCUUUCACUCCUCAUUUUGAGUGACCCCCCCCCAGAACUCAUACCUCAACACCCUUACUCUGGGUUACCCCUUAAAAUAAAAAUAGAUCUAUAUUAAACUAAUUUCACAUGCUCAUUGAAUAACUUGACAUGAAGAGAAUAGUUAUUCAUUAAGUGGCACUUACUUUUUGCAGAAAGAGUAUUGUGGUGUUGGAGUUUAACCAAUGCACUGUGUAAUGAAUAAUACAACAGAUUCUGGCACUUAUGGAGACUACAAUAUAUAGUAAUAUAUUUUUAGUGCUGGAUGACCCACAUCAUAUUAUAUUUUUGAACUGAAAAUGAUUUUGUGCCCCCUUGGGUUUGGAGAAAACCCUCAGAUUUUUAUUUCAACAAUCACAGGAUAAAUUAUCUUUCAAAUAUAAUUGAUCAUUUUAAAUAAUAUAAUGUUCACAGUGUGUUGAGCUUUUCAAUGCUAUUUUGUGGAUUGUAAUAUUAUUGGUUUGAAUUGAAGAGUGAAGUGUGCUGGUAAGCCCUGAGGUUUCUCUGGAACCUACAAAUAAAUAAAUAUAUAAAAUCGAUUUAUGUUUUGCAGUCCUUGUUGCUAUGCUUAAUUUAAAACUUUCUAAAAACCAUUGCGGUCCGUGUCUCUGUAACAUUUACCUUGAUGGAAUGAAAAACUAUAGUCCUUUAUUUAUUGUAUUUAUUUUAUUUUUACAUUGUGUGAUAAAGGCUUGUAUAAACAAAAUUGCUGUGGUUUUUGUAUUGUUGUGCAGAGAUAGAUAAACUAUUAAUAAACAAUAUCAAAUA